CCCGCGUUAAGCUGUCCCCGCAUUCCAGAGAGAACCACAAGAGACAAGUGACAAGAGACAAGGACAAGAGACAAGUACAAGCGACGAGUGACGAGAGACUCUGCGGAAUCCCACCGCUUCUUUGCCUACUAUCGGUAUGUACGUGACUAUUGGCAGUUGUCCAGCGGCUAUCCAGCUCCCCAGGUAUCCGUCAGCUCCGCGUCUGCUCUCCUCCUCCUAUUUCUACCCUACACCAAUCUCCUCUCCUCUUACUCUCUUUCUCUCCUUCUGUCCUCCACUCUCUACCUCUAGAGUCAGUGAGAACGAAUGAACCAACCUGUGUCCCUUGCAACCAAUUCUCUAAACAUUCUGGCUACCUAGCUGCUGCUAAUUCAACCGACCAACCAAUCACCUCUCCAUACGCCUUCAAGAUGCCUAUCUCUUCCCGCUUCACAAUCCCAAUCGAAAUCUGCUCUUUGCAAGCUUACUUGUUCGACACUCCUACCGCCCCCCUCCCCGACAAAGUCGCCUUCUACGAUGCCGAGCGCCCAGAAACACAUUUCCUGACCCUCGAGGACUUCCGAUUAUGGUCCCUCCGCCUCGCAGCUGGCCUGAAAAAGGCUGGCUUGCAACCAGGAGAUCGCGUGCUCAUUUUCUCCGGAAAUUCCUUGUUCUUCCCGGUCGCAUUCAUGGGCAUAUUGAUGGCUGGUGGAAUCUUCACGGGCGCGAACCCGGGGUAUGUGGCGAGGGAAUUGGCAUAUCAGUUGAAGAAUGCGGACGCGAAGUUUUUAUUUUGUGCGGAUGGAAGCUUGGAGCUGGGGCUCGAAGCUGCCCAAAGCAUUGGCAUGGGGAAAGAGAGGGUCUUCCUUUUUGAUGAUCUUGUUUUCGAGGGGAUCAACACAUCGAGGUUGGGUGUGCGAAACUGGAAGACUUUGAUUGAGCCAGAAGCGGUGGGUAAAAGCUUCAAAUGGUACGAGCCAGAGGACCCGAAAGACACGAUCUGUUGCUUGAACUAUAGUUCGGGAACGACGGGCGUACCCAAGGGGGUGAUGAUCACACAUUACAACUAUGUUUCGAAUGCGAAGCAAUUCGCGCAUCUCCAGCAGCUACAUCCUGACGAACCGGAAAAGACAAAGAAAGCGAAAUGGCUAUGUUUCCUACCUCUUUAUCACGCCAUGGCGCAGACGAUAUUCAUUGCUGGAGGGCCAAAACGUCGGAUCCCGGUUUACAUGAUGAAGAAGUUUGAUUUUAUUCAGAUGCUAGAGGCGGUGCAAAAGUUUAAGAUUACAAACUUGAUAAUGGUACCACCAAUUGUUGUGGCGCUUGCCAAGUCCCCACAUACCAAAAAGUAUGAUCUCAGCAGCGUGAUCGAUCUUGGAUCUGGAGCCGCACCCCUGGGAGGGGAAGUGAUCGAGGAAGUAGAGGCAUUAUGGGGGCCAAAUGGUCCUAAAUUGAAGCAAGCAUGGGGAAUGACAGAAGGCACCUGUUCCCUUCUCGGUUGGGAUUCCCGCGUCAAGUCCAUACCUGAUUCCGUUGGCGAGCUGAACGCAAAUUGCAAGGCUAAGAUCAUGGAUUUGGAAGGCAAAGCUGAAGUGCCUGUGGGACAAAGAGGAGAGAUCUGGGUGCAGGCUCCGAACAUCAUGAAAGGCUACUGGCGCAACCCUGCCGCAACCAAAGAAGUGUUUGUCGAUGGCCCCGACGGGCGCUGGAUGAAAACCGGCGACAUUGCAUACGUCGACUCAGAGGGUCGCUUCUACAUCGUCGACCGCCUGAAAGAGCUUAUUAAAGUAAAAGGCUACCAAGUUGCGCCCGCUGAACUCGAAGCACUGCUUUUGGAACACCCACAGUUGUCGGAUGCGUGUGUGGUCGGAGUUACGAUCAAUGGGGAAGAAUCGCCCCGGGCCUAUGUUGUGGUGAAGGAGAGCGAGAAGGGGAAAGCCGAGGAGAAGGAGGUGGCAGAGUGGCUGUCGAAGAGGGUCAGUAAGCAUAAGAGGUUGACUGGAGGUGUAGUUUUCGUGGACGUGGUUCCCAAAAACCCGUCGGGAAAGAUCCUGCGAAAAGUGAUGAGGGAUAGGGCAAAGGAGGAAGUUGGUAAUAAUGAUUCACCGAAGGCGAGACUCUAGACGGCCCUGGCAAGGCUUGCUUUGCCUUGAAAGGCUACACUGCUGAGUCUCACAAACUCUUGUGACCGCAUAGAGGAAAUCCCGUCCCAGAUAUAACAAACUGCCCUCGAUACGCUGUUUGCAAGCCUUUUAUCAAUAUAAGUUAAGGGAAAACAUCGAAUUGGAAUCUAACACAUGUACGAACCUCCUAUCUACUUCCAUUGUGCAAGAACAAGCAAGCAAUUGUCAUCCCUCG